AUGGAAACUUUAGACGCGUGUGAUCCGUAUAGCCGCCCGGCGCGCAGGACACAAUGGAUCGUGAGCACACUGGCUUACCAUUACGGACUGGACCGCGGCGUGGAGAACGAGAUCAUCGUCCUUGCGACUGGUUUGGAUCAGUACCUGCAGGAGAUAUUCCAUCACCUGGACUAUCAGGGUGAGGGCAAGAUCCCCGCCGAGGAUUUCCACAUCCUGUGCGACAUCCUGAGCCUGAAUAAAGAAAGCGAAGUCGAUGAGUGCGUUGGGAUUUUGGACGGCUUGCCGAGCGAGUUCACUUUCCGCCAGUUCCACGCCGAACUGUGCGGCCACUUCAGCACCAAGGCGGGAUGCCACUAUGAGAAUGGCCGGUUGCUGGUGGGUAGAGAGAGCGAGCACAUUGAGACCCAGAUCCGCCUGCGCAGUCCUCUCAGGCGCCGGGGGAAGCUGCACGGUCCCGGGUCUGCGGGUCUGCGCACCAGCGAGUCCUCGGCUGCGUCGGAUAGGGGCAGUUCUGCACGCAGGCAGGGUUCGUGCACCAGGGAGUGUUAUGAGGACAUUGUGGCACUGGAGGAGGCUGAGGACAGGAUAACCAAACUUGAGGAGGAGAAUGCCAGUUUGCGGGAGUUGGUGGAGGACAUGCGAGCUGCUCUCCAGAGCAGUGAUGCGCGGUCCUUGGCACUGCAGGUUGGACUGUGGAAAAGCCACACAAAACACAAGCCGGACAGCGGCUGCUUCAUUGCUCAUUAUAAACGAAUGGCUCAAAAAUCCCGCACUAAGAGAGCCCAGGACUUGCUAAGAGAAGCAGAUCUAGUCGCAAACUUCAGAGCUGAACAGAUACAGGAUAUCUUAAUUCUAAACCAGAAGCUGGAGCAGGAGCUGCGCAUGUGCAGGGAGGCUUUGCGAGUGCUCGAGGAGCGCAACAGGACCCUAAAAAAGGAGCAGGUGGAGAUGAGGAAGAAGGUAGAGGAGGCAAGGCAAGCAUUACUCAGUGGUCUGGCAAAGGUGAAAGAACUGGAAGCCAAAGCCAAUCACGUGCCUGUCCUACAAAGAAGUGUGCAGCAACUGGAGCUUGAGCUUCUGUAUUACAGGUCUGAGGUCUCCAAAAUGCCUGCAUCCAAAGUAUUCAGCAGCAUGGAGGAUAUACAGUACAGCGGGGCUGCUUCUCGGAACCAUAGAUGUUGUCUGGAUACGCAGCGAGAUCGUGACUCCCCGACAGGCCAUGCAGAAACUGCUCACGACAACUUGGAGGAGCAGCUCUUCCGCUCGGUGGAAGGCCAGGCAGCGUCGGAUGAGGAGGAGGAAAGGUGGACCGGGGAGCAGCAGAGGCAAGUGGACGAGGUCAAAAGGAUCCUCACCAGACUCUCCUGCUGUGGCGACAGAUGUGAUGAGAGAGCUCUGAAGAAGUUAUUGUCUCACUGGGGUGAGUCGUGGGCUGAGGAAAGUCACACUGCUGUUCUGCAGCUGCUGGACCGAGUGACCCGCCUCCACAAACAGCUGGAGCUGAGAGACAGCCAAGCCCUCAGAGCUGAGCCGGACCCAGAACAGAUAAAGGACUCAUUAGAGCAAGAGCUGCAGCAAAAAGCCGAGGAGACGAAGCUGCUGCACAGAGAAUUGCAGAUGCUGGAGACCGAGCGGGUUCGUCUAUCCCUGGUUGAGGAGAAGCUCAUGGACGUGCUUCAGCUCCUCCAGCAGCUCCGAAACCUGAACGUGUCGAGGCGGUCCCUGGGAAAGAUCUUACUAAGUUCGCUGGAGUCCUGCAGCGAUCCCCAGCAUGGAAAAGCUCAUAUCAUGGAGGUGCUGAAUGCUCUGUGUCAUGAAUUAGCAGCAUGUGAGAUCCUCUCGAGCACCGGCACACCAGAAAGGGCACAGAGCCAACAGUCUCUUACCAACCAACUCCUCAUCUCCUGCUGAGUAUUACACCCAGUGACUCUCUCAUCUCUGCACUGAUACGUCGGUCGCUUUUGUAAUUAGCUGUUUAUAUUUCUGUGUAUGUCUGUCUCCAUUACUAUAUGGUACGAAGGAUACUUUAAAAGUACAAUUUCAGAUGACUAAAUAAACCAUAUUUGAUGGUAGAUAAAAAGAUUUUACAUAAAAACAGGUAGGCUAAAUACCCAUCGCCAUCAUACUUCCUCCACCGUACUUCAC